AUGGCUAGAUUGAUGCACACGGAACGUCGCAAGGAGGUCCAGUCUCCAUGUCAGCUCAGCCGCCUCCAGUUGACGGAUCCCAAGGCGUCACUGCCGCGAAGUGGGCGGGUGAACGAUUUCUAG